AUGGACUGCCCAGUUUCUCUCCGGUGGAAUACGAGAUCGUGCCGACCGCGGCCGCCACACGCUGACGAAUACGCCGCCGCGACGUCCUUAAUCCUUCUCUCUGAGUCCGGCGGCGGUUUCUGCUCCACCACCGCGAGUGAUCCAACAAUCACCUCCCCUCCGAAGAUGAGCAUCACCAAUCCAUCCGGUUUGAUCAUCAGAAUCAAAAGGCAAAAAGUAGGGUCCCCCGACACGCCGCUGCCAAAUCCAAUCUACGCGUGCUGGAUGUGCGACAAGGUUUUCCAGUGCUCGCAGGCGCUGGGCGGACACAUGACGCACCAUCGCGCUAAGAAGGGAAAGGCGGGUGACGAUCAUCACCAUCACAUUCACGAAUGCUCGCACUGCCAUGAGGCUUUCGGCACCGGGCAGGCUUUGGGUGGCCACAUGCUGAAGCACCUGGAUCGAUCAAAACUCUGCCACAAUUAA